AUGGUUUUGAUCGAUUUCUACUUAAUUAUGACAAUAUUUUUACCAUUAAUUAUUCAUUCUCGUGAUCAAAGCUAUGAUCAUUACAGAAAUGUUUAUUUUGAAGUUUUAGAACCAUUCGAUAUUAGUUAUACAUUUCGUUGUCAACCAGCAAAUGAUUUUGGUACUAGCUUUAACGAAUUACUCAAAGAUGUUUAUUUAAUACCAAGUAAACCACUGGAAGCAUGUAGUAGUUUACAAAAUGAUUUUAUAUUGAAAGGAAAUAUUGCACUUGUCGAGCGUGGUGAUUGUUCGUUUGUUACUAAAAUAAUAAAUGUACAACGAACCGGUGCUUUAGGUGUCAUCGUUAUGAAUAAUGAUCGUACAGCAGACGAACGUUUUGUUGACAUGAAGCAUGAUUCGACUGGACGCACUGUUCUAAUUCCAGCUAUAUUUUUACAAUACAGAGACGGACAUAUGAUUUUGAAGUCAAUUGAAAAGAAUCAUUUAAUUGGUGCUCGAAUAAACAUUCCAUUAAAUUUAACCUACGAUGAAAUGUUGAAAGUACAUCGAGCUCCAGGAUCGUAUUGGUUAUAA